CAAUUUUGACAUAAAUUGUAGCUUAAAGACUACCAUAAAUUCGAAAACAAAUUCAAAAGUUCAAAGAGUUAAGUAAAAUCGUAAGAAAUAAGCAUGCAAAAGUCCGGUCAAUGGUCCCAGAAUAGCCUUGCAACGGAAACUUAUAUUUUCUCAGUGGUUCUUUUAGUUUUAUCUUCCUUGUUCUUCACUCUUUGAUUAGAUUUGCAGUAAGUUUCUUCGCGUAGGACGUGGUUUAAAUGAGAAGUGCAAAAGAAAAUCAUCAUCAUUCGGACUUGGACGAUGGUCUGGCAGGGCCGUAGCUCUCAUCUUCGGUGUGCGGGUGUGAAGAAUUAUAAAUAGAUUGGUACGUCUCGACCAGUGAUGCGUCCCUACGAUGAAGGUUAUUUUCGAGAUUGGCUCUAGAAGAGAGUUGUUACGCUCUUCUUCAUCUUGGGCGCAGCAGUCCCGCUGAGCUUCCAGACACGAGAACGUUACUGUGGUGACUUAAAGAAUUAAAAAUUAAACAAAGCUUGCCCACAAGUGAAACAAAAGUGUUAUAGCUUAUAAACUGUUGAAUUACUCACAUUUUAUAAUCAUUUAUUUUUUCUGCAUGUCAUCAUUCAUCAUUUAUUUCUUCAGCUGAUUUAUCUUUUCAUGAAAUAUUUAUUUUCGUGAUUUAUUUACCCACCGUUUUAUUUUAUUAACAUGCAGUUCUUAGUUUUUUCCGGCACAAAGUGGAGUCAGUUCAGGAUGGAGAAUAUUAAUAAACUCAUCUCAGACACAGACAUGAAAAUAAUUCGAUAUUAUUUUAAUCAUUAAAUUAAUUAUUUAUUUUAGAAGUCGUUCAAAAAUUAUUCAUGUUAAAAAUACCUUCGAUGUUAAAAUUCAUGGACGAAAAUGAUUCUGUAAAGAAUCAAACAAAUUGCUAAUUAGCAGUUUAAUUGAUGCCAAGGAUGUUCAGUUCACUCAGACUUGGGACAAUGCGUUCGCGCGACAAAAGUAGAGCUCGUCCUGGAAGUGUAGCAACAACAGCAAGUUCUGAUUCAGCUCGUACCGAUGACAAUCUACAACCAUCGCAUUAUGGAUCACAUAAAUUUCUCGUUCUUGAUGACAUAGACUUGAACAACAGUGCUUUCCCAACAACAGGUGUAUCAUCUAAAGUAGCACAGGUGCGAGUAGAAAGAGAAGAUGGUAGCCUUGGAGUGACUCUCCGUGGUGGUGUUUCACGGGCUUUAGUCGUUACUGGUGUUAAAUCAGAUGGACCUGCUGCAAGAGAAGGUCGAGUGAGACCUGGAGACCGGCUUUUAGCUGUCGACGACACUGAAUUACGUGGUCUCAGCCUAGCAGACGCACAAAGAGUUCUUAGGAGAAGCUCCAAUGCUCCAGUUGCUUCUCUUACUAUUGAAUAUGAUGUUGCUAAUAUGGAAGAAGCUAGAGCUGCUACAUCUGGACCUCUUUUGGUUCAAGUUGAACGUGGUCUUUCUGGGGAAUUAGGUCUGACGGUAAGAGAGACUCCAAAUGGUGUUUAUAUCGAGAGUCUCCGCCCAGCUAGCACUGCAGAUCGUUGUGGAGCUCUUCAACCAGGCGAUAGGCUUCUUGCUGUUGACGAUACUCCAGUUCAAGAUGCUGUUACUGCUGCCAAAUUACUUAGGAAUGUUUCUGAUAACUGCAGAAUUGCUCGACUGCAGAUAUUACCCAGACCUCCAAGUACUUCUUCAAGAACAGUUAAAAGAAGAGCACAACCACAAGCUCAAUCUAAUUCCAAUCAAACUCUUUAUACCAAAGAAAACAUAACUGUGUUAUUAAGACCUGAUCAUAGAGGUCUUGGACUUGCUCUUAGACUUGCUGAUGAUGGGGUUAAUUAUGUUGUUGAUCUUCUUGAAGCUGGUGGUCCUGCUGAACGAAGUGGAGUUCUGUUACCCGGUGAUAAAGUUGUUGCCAUCAAUCGAAGAAUUCUACGUGAUCUUCAACCUUCUGAAGUUGCAGCUAUACUGGAAUCUUCUCAGGUUGAGCUAGUAAUAGAAUAUAAAGUUGGUGGCCCUGUAGUACCAAGCUCUGGAGUUUUUACAGUACGAGUUGCACGACCUCUUGGAGGUCAACCUGAUUUAGGGCUCACUGUUAAUGAAGACUUGACAAUUGCUGAAGUACGACGUGGAUCUUUGGCUUACAGAACAGGAAGUUUGUCUCCUGGUGAUCGACUUUUAGCUAUUGAUGGACAAAAAUUAGAUCCUGGUGAUCUUCGACAAGCUGCUCAAUUACUUCAUCGCCCGGGUAGUUCAGUGGUUGCACUGACAGUAAGGAAACCAGAUGUUACGAGUGACACGAGAGAAACAAAUGUAAUUGGGAAUCCAAUACAAACACAAUACCCGGAAGGAAUCCUCAGAUCUGCUCGAGAGAGUUUACCAAGUGUUGACAGUGCUGUAGACUCUUGGGGUGAACUUGGAGAAGUUGGAACAGUACCAGAAAUAAUUAGACUUUGGGAUACAGCUUCUAUUGACAGUGGUCAAUUAGAUCUUCCAAUGACUCCGUAUCCAAGCUCUCAAGAUCGGAAUCCACUAGAUAACAGAGGAGCUCAACAAAUAGUGCACAUUUCCCUUCAUAAAGAUCCUGUUUAUGAAGACUUUGGUUUCUCUGUAUCUGAUGGGUUAUAUGAAAGAGGUGUUUACAUAAAUCGUUUAAGACCUGGAGGACCAUGUGAUGGUGUUUUAAAACCUUACGAUCGCAUUUUAAGAGUUAACGACACCAGUACAGAGGACUGCGACUGUUGUUUAGCAGUCCCAUUAAUUGCAGCUGCAGGAGCCCGUUUGGAUCUUACAGUAGCAAGACCUAUAUCUCCUGAGAAUGUUACAAAAAAUUUAUAACUAGUUAUUUAUUAUCUCACAGUCCAGCGCCUCUUGUUUAGAUUGAUCUAAUUUUAAAUAAUUAAAUAAUUAUUUAAUUAAUCAAAAAAUAAUCAACAUCAAUUUGGUAAUUUUAUAAUACUUUUUUUAAACGACAUACAAAUUAAACAAC